AUGAGCUCUAUCAAGGAAAAUUUAGAAAUACAAAAAGAAUUGAUGGAAACCGUCAAUAUUGAUUAUAAUAAAGUGUCAAUUCAAUAUAAUCCAUCAGUUGCUUCGCUUUAUGAAGAUGCACUUAUUUAUGAGUCAUCUUCAGCAAUUACAUCUACGGGCGCAUUGGCAGCUUUUUCAGGUGAAAAAACAGGGAGAUCUCCAAAGGAUAAACGCAUUGUAGAUCAUCCUCAAUCUAAUGAAAAAGUUUGGUGGGGACCUGUCAAUUCUAAGAUAUCUCAUACAGUAUGGUUAAUUAAUCGUGAACGAGCAGUUGAUUAUUUGAAUACAUUAAAGCGAAUUUAUGUUUUUGACGGAUAUGCAGGAGCGGAUAAAAGAUACAGGAUUAAAGUACGUGUAAUUUGUGCACGUCCAUAUCAUUGUCUUUUUAUGAAAAACAUGCUUAUUGAUCAGACUGAAGAUGAUGAUUUUUAUCAAAAACCGGAUUUUGUUAUAUAUAAUGCAGGUUCAUUCCCUGCUAACCGUUAUACUGUUGGAAUGACAUCACGUACGUCAGUAGCCAUUAAUUUAGAAGAUCGAGAGAUGAUUAUUCUUGGAACAGAAUAUGCAGGAGAGAUGAAAAAAGGUAUACUUACUGUCAUGUUUUAUCUUCAACCUGUCCUAUAUGAUGUGUUGCCUCUUCAUUCUUCUGCUAAUGAAGGGAAAAAUGGAGAUGUUUCUGUUUUUUUUGGUUUAUCUGGUACAGGAAAGACAACAUUAUCGGCAGAUUCUUCCCGUUAUCUUAUUGGUGAUGAUGAACACUGCUGGUCAGAUACUGGUAUUUUUAAUAUUGAAGGAGGAUGUUAUGCAAAAUGUGUUGAUUUAUCUCAAGAAAAAGAACCUGAAAUCUUUAAUGCUAUUCGUUUCGGCUCUGUUUUAGAGAAUGUUGUUUUUGACCCUAGAACUCGAGUUGUUGAUUAUACUAAUAUUUCUAUUACUGAAAAUACACGUUGUGCUUAUCCUAUUGAGUACAUUCCAAAUGCAAAAAUUCCAGGUAUAUCUAGUGGUCAUCCAAAAAAUAUUAUUUUAUUGACAUGUGAUGCUCAUGCUAUUUUACCACCUGUUUCUAAACUUACAAAUGAUCAAAUUAUAUAUAAUUUUAUCAGUGGCUAUACUAGUAAAAUUUCUGGGACUGAGGAUGGAAUAAUUGAGCCUCAGCCAGCAUUUUCAGCAUGUUUUGGUGAGCCAUUUCUUGUUCUUCAUCCUAUGGAAUAUGCAAUUAUGUUGUCUGAAAGAGUUAAAAAACAUAAUGCAGAUGCUUGGCUUAUUAAUACUGGUUGGGUUGGUCAAUCUUUUUCAAAAGGUGGCGAACGAUGUCCUCUUAAAUAUACCAGAAUCAUUUUGAAUGCAAUUCAUUCCGGAGAAUUGGCAAAAGCUGAAUAUCAAAAUUUCCCUGUCUUCAAUUUACAGAUCCCUAAACAUAUUGAGGGAAUUCCUCCAGAAAUUCUUAAUCCCUUUGAAAGUUGGAGAGGUACUAAGGAAGAGUUUUAUGAAAAUCUUUAUAAAUUAGCUGAGCUUUUUAUUAAGAAUUUUGAAAAAUACAAAGACAUGGCUACGCAAAAUGUUUUAGAUGCUGGGCCAGUUAUUUAA